AUGAAUGAUCGUUCAAUUGAUCGCGAUCUCUCAUUGACUUUUCCGUCAAUAAUUUCAUUGAAACUCGAUGUUCGUGAUGCACCAUUUAUUUUCACAAGACUUUUGCGAUGCAUGCCUAAUUUACAACACUUAACAAUCAACUCAUUGGAUACUUAUUUCGGUAAUUUAAAAAACAUUUUGGCGGGUCGAGUUGAUGAUCUUGAUAUCCAUGUUCAUAACUUUUAUAGAGGUAAACCCUCCAUUUAUAUGAAUGGAUCCAAAUGGGAAGAAAUUAUUGUUAAACAUUUACCACAACUUAAAACAUUUCAACUGAAAAUGAAAAUUCAAUAUUGGUCUAGGAACAAUAAGGAAGAUGACAUUGAUAAACUAAUUACUUCAUUUGGAAAUCACUUUUGGAUUAGAGAACGUCAAUGGUUUGUUCGUUGUGAUUGGAAUCCCGAGCCAACAUCAUCUUACAUAUGUCUCUACACUUUGCCUUAUGCCUUUGAUCAUUUUGAUACUCAUACCGCUCUUAUUCGGUCUAAAUCGACUUCUCCCAAGGAAAAUGAUUAUUGGCUCUAUGAUCAUGUGCGAAAUCUGCAUUAUGACUACUCGUUAACCAAUAAUUCGGCGUUGAGUCGUGCUUGCUUUUCUAAAAUUCAUUAUCUUUCCAUUGAACUUCCAUCCAGUGGCAAUAUAUGGCCUACCCUGUCAACAUUUAUUCACCUGAAUUAA